AUGUCUGAAAAGAUGGUCGUAAACCAGCCGCGGCCUUUCAUCACGACCUCCAUCAGCAACGAAUGGACUUCAGGCAUCUUUGAUUGCCUCCAAGACUUGCCCCAGUGUAAGUUCUCACUUCACGCAAUUUAAUCAGGUAGCUAAAGCAGGUGUUGAAAGAAAAAGGAUACAGGAACAUUUUAGAAGACAAGAACUCUUUGGCCCUUUGUCUGUCCAACACAAAGUCAAAACAAACUUAUCAUUCAGACUAAUCUUGGUUUAAGAAUGCCAACAAAUAUCAGAUUGUAGAUCAGUGAGUGGAGUUACAGAAAACACAUUCUUCGUCAGAUCAAAACAGUAAGCUUUUAGUGUCUGGUUAAGUUCAGAGUUACGUGCUGUGAGCAUGAAAACUGCCUUGAUAAGUGUUUACUGUGGUGAAUAAAAUAUUGCAGCUUAUGGGUCUAAAGCUAUGAAAACUGGUGCAAAGACACUUGUGGUGUCCCAACAACCCUUCUUGAUGCCCUGCAUUUGGUAUUUUUGGACUUUUUGAACCAGAAAUAAUUGUAUUGGUGAACAAUGCUGCAGGAUUUGGUGGCAUUUACAGUCAUUCACAGGAGUCCACACCUGAAGUUGAGACAAACUGCCCUUCCUUAUAGUCUUUUUCUCCAAACAGGACCUACAUGUAUGACAGAAAACUUGUCCUGUAGGAAUUAGGUAGAAUAGAGUCAUACUAUAUAUACAGUAUUCUAGUUGCAGCCAGUGAGCAGAAGGAGCUUUAAAACUGUCACCUUUGCAACCACUUCAGUACACCAAACUGAUGUUUUUUCAAGAGUGGUGAGAACUGUAACAUCCGGGAAAAUUGUUACCAAAGAUGACACCCUCAAGGAUUGACUUAGAAUAAGAUUAGCUAUUUGGGCUGUGGUGUGACAGGCUGAUAGAUGCUCCCUUGGCAUUUAGAUGUGGCACACAAUCUUUUGUUGGUACCUUGUAACUGAUGAAAAUGCUGACAAAAAGGCCACCCCUGCAGAGCCCCCGCUGGGCCACCAAAGCAAAAAAAAAAAAAAAAAAAUAGAUGUCUGGACACACCCCUGGCCAAAUUCAAUGAGAGCAAUGACCAAAGUGACUCCUGUCCUCUGGGCAUCCUCUCUUUGAUUUCAGCCCAUUCCUACAGUAGAGUUAACUCUCUUUUUUUCAGGUUGCUUUGCCUUUUGGUGUCUUCCUUGCUUCACUUGUAAGACGGCACGUGACGCAGGAGAGUGUCUAUGUUUACCUCUGCUUGAUGCUUUUGGAGUCAUCCCACCCAUGACUACAGCCCUGAGGGUGUCAGUGCGCCAACGAUAUGGCAUUGAGGUAUGGAUGCAAUGCUGACUUUAGCCCCUAUUCACAGUAUGUACAAGCAGUGCUCACCUGCAUAAAAGACACUGAUCUCUAAUCAGUGCCAAACCUGUUUAGCCUUUCUCUACAUGAUGUGUCCACAAAGAACAUCCAGUGUCGUCAAAGAUGUUUUUGUUGCACAGUGUUCCUUUGUAAGAGCUCACUCUUGAAGUAGUAGACUCUUGCAAUGAUUAACCACUGCAGCUGGAAGAAGAAACAAUCUUUACUGUUUUGCUCGUAAACCAAACAACCCCUGACUGUGCCUCUCUUCACAGGGGACCAUUUGCAACGAUUGCGUGUACUCCUUCUUCUGCGGGCCCUGCACAUGGUGUCAAAUAGCAAGAGAAAUCAAAACAAGAGCGAGUCCCAUUGUUUUCACUACCAUGGCAUGAUAAAAUGAUAUCACUGACGUAGAUGCCAUCUCAGCCAUCAUGGAUUGUUCUUUGUCACCAUCACCAGCAUCAUGUUCUUUCUGGCAAAAGGGGUACUUCAACUUUUUAGUGUUCUCUUUUAAGCCAAACAGUGUCACUCCAUAAGCGGUUCCAGAUCAGCACACAAGGGCUAUAAAAAUCUAAGACAUGCCAGUUGUCUAAUGCAACCAGCCUGCAUUAUUCCUACGUGAAUUUCUUCAAGUACAGGUGUUUAAAUUAUGAGGCAGGAUCAACUUUAUGCUUACAUUUUGCUGUAUAUGCUAUAGCUUGUGGAUGUUGCUCUGCAAUAAAGCCUUUUGUAAAUAGAUCUGUAUCUGAGUCAUUAUAAACAUAUACAUGUAUAUUUUAUAAAGCUGGAUCAAAUUUGCUGUUCCAAAACACAACUGCUUUAUCUAAAGGCAUCAGCAGUGUUCUAACUGAUCCUGAAUGGUUUAUCUCACAGUCAGUCUGUUACUUUUAUCAGACAGAGAUUUUAUGUCUUCAACCACAGCUCGGCUUUUGAUAAAAAAUGCAUUGUACUCAAUGACCCCAGAAGUUUUCAGCACCAUACAAAAGCUGAGAUUUAUCUCUCCAAAUCUUGGAUGGAUUUCUGUCCUCUACAAGGUGAACUGAGCCAUUGUUUUUUUCUCUCUGUUUCUUAUUAAGGGCGGUGUAGUUUUUGUCAGUUUUCCUUCACACACAAAUCCGAAAACAUAAAGAAAAUGUAAACGCAUGUGUGAUGGUGAUCCAUCCAGAUGGAGGUUGGAGCCUCUACUCAUUUGUAUUAUAAUGAGCUUGUUGAUAGAUUUGGUUGCACCCUUGAUGAUUCCUUUGUAGGUUUUCAGGGCACAUCUAAUGCAGACCCAAAGAGUGUCUGCAGGGAUUAAACUAACCAGGAAUCACCCCACAGAGGUGGUGGUGUACCUGAUGUAUGGGAUCUAGAAGACUUUGAAAGUAUUAAUCUCAAGAAACAAAUCCUUCAUGACAACCGAACAUGGAAUCAAGUAAAAGAAGAGGGACUCUUUUUAUGCAGUACCACAAGAAUAAUACCCAAGGGUACUCUUUUUACAUUAUAUAGACUGGAAUGGGAAUCCAGAGGGCACUCUGUUUACAUUUUAUCCACUUUCUGAGCAACCAAAGGGCACUUUGUUUAUAUUUAAGCUUUCAGAUGGUACUUCAUUUACAUUUUAUUGACUGGGGUGAGCAUCUACCAGAGCAUUUUUUUAAACCUAAUUUUUAUUGCAAGAACACCUGAAAGGUAAUAUUUUAACUUCUACCAAAGUGUGCAGAAGACACUUAAAUGGCAUUUUUUUAGACCCCUCAUCCAUCCACCCUCCACACACCCACUCCUGACUCCUAACAGAGUCUAGUAAUUGAUUUGAAUAAAACUGUAUGCAAAAUGCAUGGUAUUUUUCAAUUAGUAGUAUGGUAUUUUGUAUUUUCCUGCACACUUUGGGGCCACCAAUAUUGACACAAACCAAAAGCUCCUCUCAGGACCUUUAAACGUUAUUGUGCCAGGUAUGCAUUUUCAGGGUGUUGUAGUUCUUCUUUCAUUCAUUUAGAGUCUAUUUCUUUGACUUGAAAAUGAUUAAUUUUGUCAUGGGUUAAGGAUAGGGUUCCUGUCUCAACUCCUGCCUGAUUGUCUUAAUCACAACACCUCACUCACUGUUAAAGGUGGGGUAGGCAGGAUUUAAGGAAGUGCCAGUGUGGGGAGAAAUCUUGAAUGUAAUCACUACCCCUCCCCCAGUUUCCCCCUCAGCUCCUCCUCUCCCCUCUGUCUCUAGCCCCACCCACAAACAGACGCUCCUGCUUGCUCUUAUUGUUUAAAUUAAAUUCAGAUAUAAUGCAGAUGAAUACUUCAGAUAAUUUCAAAUGGGGCUCAGUCAACGUGAAAGUUAAAAGCAUUGGUGCUACUGCAGAUGCCAACAGACUACCAGCAAACACAAUGGGCUCUAUUUUCGUCUUUUGCCGGAGACAUGGCGCAGGCGCGGCGUAAGUCAGGUCCGCCGCGCUGAGAAGGCGUUCCCAAGCAUAGUUUGAUAUUUUGGUGAGCGGUGCAGCCCGGCAUAAGCAUCCCCCCUCCCUAACUCAGCUCCUCCCAGCGGCGUAAGUUGUAGUGAGGGAGGAGAGAGGGCGAGGAGUGGGUUUAACAAAGCUGAGACCUGUAUUGACCAAUAACAUCAGCUCCUCUCCUCGCCUUUAAAUCCACCACCGGCAAGGCAUAUUACAAUUUUCAUGCAGUAGUCAAAGAGAUUGAGAUGUCUGAAGACAGCAGUGCCACACGAUGGCGACAGAAGGCAGCCCCUCAACAAGUGUCACUGUAAGCGCUGCAGAGGGCAUCCUUCACGCUCUCUCAAAUAAGCACAAUUAUAUCUCUACCAUCACAAAAAUGGCAACAAGACCUGUCAAUUGCUCCAGAUGCCGACUUCUGGACACAGAUCUGUAAAAACAUUUAUCUCAUGACUAAAAAUGCUAACUUACAACUCAUACAAUAUAAGAUACUUCACAGAACACACUACACUGGACAAAAAAGGUUUAAAAUGGGCUUCACCUCGAAAAUUUGCACCCACUGCACCCAAAACUGUCCUGACACCUACACGCACGCCAUUAGGCACUUCACCCCAAUCAAAUAAGCGCAGAUGGAUUUGGUGAAAAUAGAGCCAAAUGUUUGCAGGACUUGCAGCAGGUCCCAUUUGACAAGAAACACUUCUGUUACAGACACUUGGCUGACUUUGUUAAAGCGGUUUACCUGUCCAGCAGAAACAUUACAGGGUCACCAAGAUCCUGAAUGCUCCCCCAUCUUUGACCUUGACCAAGCUUUUAAGCUCUUGUCCGGUCUACCUCUUCUUUAAGCAUCCGACAGUGUCUCCGGUAUUUAGCUUGUUUUCUUGCUUGUGUCGGCAGUCGUGGCUAAAGGAGGAUUCAGACAAUUUUCCUUACUUUUUGGUUGGUUUCUACUUUCCAAUAUUUUAGAAUUCUAACUUUGUUUGGGCUCCCGAACGUCACAGGGGAACAGCAUCUGCCUCACUGCUAAUCAGCACUGGGGAGCAGCGUCUGCCUCACAACCAAUCAGGAUGGGGGAGGUGGGAAAUGGCUUUGUUUACAGUCAGAAAAAGCGGAGCACUCUGAAAUCUUAAAAUGUUGACUACACAGACAAAACAAAACACAAUGAUAUCGUUAUAUCACCAAAUGUCAUCAAUGACUAAUAGCUAUUGACUGAUAUUAAAAGCUUUUUUGUAUAUACACCAAAAAAAAAGAUGCUUCUUUAACGGAUUCCUGCCUACUCCACCUUUAAUAGUUCCAAAUAACUAAUAUUGUUCACGGGACAAGUUUGCAGAGAAUAGUGGUUUCAGAUAAGUCAUGAAUUGUUGUUCAAAAAGAAAUGUUACACAUGACUAGUUGAAAUAAAAGUCUCUUUUCUUAUUGCCUAUCCCCGCAAUGAGCACAUAUGUGAUUAAAGCGCCUGUCAGGAACUUUUGGGUUGUGUCGAUUUUGAUGCCCCCUUGGUACAAAACAAGGGGUAGUGUCUUCUGUCAAAAAACCUCAUCCUGCAGGGUUAUUGUUGUCAAUUUUAUCAUUUUUUGUCAAUAUUUAAAGUGAAAAAUGUUAAAAAGAAAAAAAAAAGGAGCAAUGGCUUUAGCAGCCUCAGGGACCUCUACCCCCUUGCACCAGUUUUAGCCAUUCCACAUUACAGUACAAAGGUUGUCAACCACUAAAUAUCUUGUUUGCUUUUGGCUCCCCAUCCCCCAUCGCAUUCAGUACAAAAUCCUCCUUCUCACCUACAAAGCACUCCACAACCCCCCCCCCCCCCCCCCCAGAACACAGAACCUGGGGGGACAGAGCCUUCUCAGUCACCCGCCUCACUCACUCCCACUGGAACUCAGAAACUUCACUGA